GAAAGAAGUCAUGCUGCAUUGCUGGUUGACUUUGGAGCUUGAUCAUUUCAACAUGAAAACACAGAUUAACAUCUGCAACAGACUCACUGUAAAGUGAUGCAUGAUUUUAUUCAGAAUAUAUUUACAAUUCUACAAAGAUGAAGGAGGACAAAAUUGAAAAGCUUGAGUGUGUUUCCAUGAAAAUAUUUUAUUACAGUUAAAUAGUAUGUACGUUAAAAUGAAAACAAUGAUAUGCCAAGCUCAUCUGAGAUAUUUCCAGGGAAGGGUUCACCGCUUGUUCUCGACAUUCCGGCUCAAACAUGUAGCCUGCAGUUCAAAUCAACACAAAUCAAGUCGACAAUAUGCACACAGUUAUUGCCUUAAUGAGGUGCCUGGCUCGAUAAGUAAAUGUGGUCCAUUUAAUAUUGCAUCAUCCGUGAAUUUUAAAACAUGUGUAGGUUUUGGAAAGUCAUUUUCAUCUGUUGAAAAUGAAAACAAAAUAUCUUUCAUUUGCGAUGAAAACCUCUCCUUUGUCAAAACCUUGGAUCAUUAUUUGCAAGAACAAGAAAAUGGCCGGUUUGGUAUCGGUGACGUUAAAGAUUUUGCUAUGACUCUAGAAGCUGCGGCGUAUACAGAGUUGUCACAUUUUCCAUGGUUACAUGUUGACAAUGUCGCUAUUGCUUUUAUGCAGCUUGUUAUGAACAGAAUGAUUGAAGAUAUUUUCUCCACGCUCCGAAACCAUUCCGGGUUUAAACACUUCUACAGCUAUAUAGAACAAAAUCUGGAAGAAAUCCCUCCACAGGAUUAUCCUCAGUUACUUUUAUCGCUUAUCUACAUGGGAACAGAUCAUACCGAUAAUUUGGUGCAUUUACUCUUUUGUCACAUUUAUGACACCUGUCACGAAAUGGACAUGCAUAAUGUAAUGACCACAACUCAGAUAUUGCGUACAUUCAGAACACGAAGUAUACCUCUCGUACAAAAAUUAACAUCAAGAUUCUUUACUAUAUUAGACGAACAUAAAUGUGAAACGAAUACCUCGAGUGAGUUUAUGCAGGAUUGUUUGAUCAGUCAUAUCUUCCUGAAUUUCUACACCAGCAAAACGAGCUCGGAAAAUGUUGCCAAAACAUUCAUAGACAUUUUCAACAACAGUGCUCUCCAGUCGGACCCAGAUGUCAUAGCAAAGUUUAUUCGAUACAAACACCGUCUGAUGUGGUGCGUUCCGUCUAAAGUCCUUGACUCUAUCAGUCCGGACAUCUUACAUCACAUCAACAAAACCGCGGAGAACGUUCCGCAAAAAAACAUUGGUCUGUACUGUCAGUACCUCCGACAGAUGAACAUGUACAAAGGUGAGCUCGCAUCCGUGUUUCAGACGCGGUGUCUGCACCUGCUCCACAGCGAGGACCUGCUGGUGCGGGAUGUUGUGGCCCUGGUUCCUGCGUUCGACAAGUUCUGUCCCAGCGACACGAAACAGCAGCUGAUGACGAUUCUCGCGAGACACAUCAGUGAUGCGGAUGUCCUCAUCCUGUCGAGUCUGGCCGACUUCAUGAUGAAGUCGAACAUCUACAACCAGGAGCUGAUGCGACAGCUGCAGACGAAGACGCUCGAGGUGUUCGACAAUAUGUCCGACUUCAUUUCGCGCUUCUCAAAGAUUGUGCACCUGCUGUCGACACGGAUCAAUGACAACGAGGAGUUCCACAGCGAAUUCUUCGAGCGGCUGCUCAAGCUGGUGGAGGUGCAGCAGGGUGUCCGAAUCUAUGUGGUGAGCCUCGUCGCGCAGUACAUCUUGCCCAACGUGAAGCUGGCAGUGCCGCAGAGUCUGAUGGACCGGCUAGCCGUCGUCAUCCCGCAGUGCGACCUCCCCGCCAUCAAGAACAUCCUCAAUGGACUCAACCACAUGAAGCGGCCGUGGGACAGGCAGCUACAUCAUCAGAUUUUGGAAUUGCGAACGGCGCUACAGAGGAACAUGUUACAGCAGAUCGAGACGGUGAUGAGCCUGGAGCGUCUGAUCCACCAGAUCAACAUCUUCUACUUGAAGAACAUGCGCAAGGACCUCCAGCUGCUGGAGCGCAUGAUGCAGGAGAUGCCCAGACUCACAGAAUCCCUCACACCUGUCGAGUUCAGUGAGGUUGUACAGCUGCUGAACACACUGAUCUACCCCGCGCCCCAGGUUUACGAACAUCUCACAGAUUACAUCAUGGACCACAAAGACGAUAUCAGCUUUCAAGACUUGGCUAACUUCGUCUCCGUGAUCUCGCAGGCGCGAUACACACCGAGCCGAAUGGACGAGCUGAGUCAGUGCUGUCACGACAAACUGGUGAUGUCAUUUGACGACCCCGACAGCAAUAUCGUGGCUCAGAUGCAAUACAUCUACCACCUGUGUUGUCUACAGAUCGGCUCCGACAGUCUCCUCACUCACGUCUUUACUGUAGACUACCUUGAGAAGGUUGAUAAAUUGUUUGAAGCUAAACCAGAAGUUCGGAGUUAUCUCGAAGAUCUGUUUUUCCGUCUGAACCGCUGUGCUGUUCUCGAGUACCCGCAUCUUGACAUCCCAUGGUUCCACGAGGACUACUGCUCCACGAUGAAACCUGAACCGAUGUACCGAAGUUCUGUCAAGCUGCUACAGGAGAUGGAAGAUGCUAUAAAGGACGUUCUGGGCGGAUCAGCGUAUUUUGAGUCGGCAGUGUACACCCCAUAUCACCACUUUCUCAAUUUUGAGUGUUUGCUGAACUGUGACGGCUGUCCGAUCCCAUACCCUCAGACGAGCUCUCUACUCAACUCUGAAGGUCGUCUGAUAACCUUCACCCAGGCCACAUCAUUGUCAGCCGAGCAGAUCCAGCACCAGAGAGUUGCUAUAUUGGUUUUAUUUGAAAAAGAUUUCUGUCUAAAUAGUCGACAUUUAAAGGGAGAUAAUUUUCUCAGAAGAAGACACUUGGAAAUAAUGGGAUACAAAGUUGUAGAGAUACCUCACUACACGUGGAACUCAAUGGCACUCUCCGACUGGACUGGGAAGACGAACUACCUGAGAGAUCAGAUUCUAGGUUGACAGAGACAUCAGCAUCGGAUGACAGACAACCUGGUGAAUUGCUUGUGCAUUCCUUGGACUUAACAGCAGUGUGAAACCAUUUGACAGAACACUGUGUGCGAUUUGUAUCACACAGCAAUAUCAGACACGAUGGAUCAUACCACCAUUUAAUAGAACACUGUGCGAUUUGUAUCACACAGCAAUAUCAGACACAUGAUGGAUCAUACCACCAUUUAAUAGAACACUGUGUGUGCGAUUUGUAUCACACAGCAAUAACAGACACAUGAUGGAUAUUUGUAUCACACAGCAAUGUCAGACGUAUGGUGGAUAUCAGAUCACACCACCAUUUCAGCCAAUAAAUGAUCUGUGGGCAACGAAUAUAGUUCUAAAGAUAAA